AUUUGGAAGAUGGCGCCCGUUGUUACGGGGAAGUUUGGUGAGCGACCUCAGCCUCAGCGUUUGACAAGAGAGGCUAUGAGGAGUUACUUAAAGGAGAAAGAUGAUCAAACAGUGCUCAUACUACAUGCAAAAGUUGCACAAAAGUCAUACGGCAAUGAAAAAAGGUUUUUCUGCCCUCCGCCAUGUGUGUAUCUGAUGGGCAGCGGCUGGCAGAAGAAGUUAGAGAAUAUGGAGAAGGAGGGUUGCACAGAGCAGGAGGCCCAGCCAUGUGCAUUCAUUGGGAUAGGCAACAGUGAGCAGGAGAUGCAGCAACUCAACCUGGAGGGGAAGCACUUCUGCACAGCCAAGACGCUGUAUAUCAGUGACUCAGAUAAAAGGAAACACUUCAUGCUGUCUGUGAAGAUGUUAUAUGGGAACAGCGCCAAUAUCGGAGUCUUCCUCGGCAAGAGAAUUAAAGUCAUCUCCAAGCCCUCCAAAAAGAAACAGUCCUUGAAAAAUGCAGAUUUGUGUAUAGCGUCGGGAACAAAGGUGGCGUUAUUUAACCGUCUGCGAUCCCAGACUGUUAGUACCAGGUAUCUUCAUGUCGAAGGUGGAAACUUUCAUGCCAGCUCUCAACAGUGGGGCGCCUUCCACAUCCACCUCUUGGAUGAUGAGGAGUCUGAGGGAGAGGAGUUUGCUGUGAGAGAUGGCUACAUUCACUAUGGCCAGACGGUUAAACUGGUCUGUUCUGUAACUGGCAUGGCCUUGCCUAGACUGAUCAUUCGCAAAGUGGACAAGCAGACUGCAUCAUUAGACGCAGAUGACCCGGUGUCCCAACUCCACAAAUGUGCCUUUUACCUGAAAGACACAGACAAAAUGUAUCUCUGUCUCUCACAGGAGCGAAUCAUCCAGUUCCAGGCCACACAAUGCUCUAAAGAAACUAACAAGGAGAUUGUUAAUGACGGGGCUUCCUGGACUAUCAUUAGCACUGACAAAGCAGAGUACACCUUUUAUGAGGGCAUGGGCCCUGUCCCCUCACCGGUCACACCUGUCCCUGUGGUGGAGAGUCUGCAGUUAAAUGGUGGAGGAGAUGUGGCGAUGCUGGAGCUGACAGGACAGAACUUCACCCCUAACCUCAGAGUUUGGUUUGGAGAUGUGGAGGCUGACACCAUGUACAGAUGUGGAGAGAGCGUACUGUGUGUUGUGCCGGACAUUUCUGCCUUCAGGGAAGGCUGGCGCUGGGUGAGACAGCCAGUGCAGGUCCCCGUCACGCUGGUCCGCAAUGAUGGUAUCAUCUACGCCACUGCCCUCACCUUCACCUACACCCCUGAACCGGGGCCCCGACCACACUGCAGUGCCGCAGGGGCCAUUCUGCGGACACAUAGCACCUCUUCAUCAUCACCGGCUUCUUCAUCUUCACCAUCAUCAUCGUUGGGCAGACUUGGAGAUGGCCAUGCAGUUUACAACAGUAGUGAUAUGAUUUUAUUUGAUUUGAUUUGAUUUUAAUAGGACCCCCAGAAAACUUCAUGGUGUCCACACAAAAUAUAUGACGAAGGAGGAACCAUCAACACACACAAAAACAACAUAUAACAACAGACAAAUAAUAAAAUAAUAGAGUAUAAAUAAAAUUAAAAUAAUAAGUCAGCAAUGCACACUUAGAUCUAAUAGGUGUUGCUUCACUCGUUUUUUGAAAUUAGCUUUAUUCUGAGUUAUUUAGAAAUAUGACGAAGGGAGUUCCACUCAAUCAUAGCUCAAUACGACACUGCACAUUGUUUCAAAUUUGUUUUGGUUUUUGGAUUUGUGUAGUUACCACUGGUGGCAUAUCUGGUGGGGUAUUUGUGCAAUAGAGCUGAGUCUGAUCUGCCUUUACAAACAAUCAGGGAUUUUAAAUACAUCAAUGUUUUUUUACAAAAGAAAGAAGUGAUGCUUUUAACCUCUCAUCAACUUUGAGCAAGAAGAGUUAGUCAUACAAGUUGUUUAUAUUAGGUCUCUGUGUGUACUGAAGGGCAAGCCAAGCUGCUCUGUUCUGAACUUGUUGUAGCUUCCCUGGAUUCAUCUUUAUAGUACCUAAGUAGACCACCAGGCAAUAAUCAAAGUUUGAUAAUACUUAAGUCUGUAGGACCUGUUUGGUCAGAUGUGGUGUUAAAAAAGAAGAACAUCUCUUGACUUCAGAUAUGUUUAUCCCCAUGUUUUGUGCCAGUAAAUAUGUUUGUCUUG